AUGUCCUCAGUAGGUGCUGCUGCUCACAGGGAAACUCGGGAACAAUGCUCCAGGUCAGACAGCUCCAAAGACUUGUCUGGAUUAUGUCAGAGAGACUCCUGCCUUGGGAACUGCCCGAAGUCAGAAGGCUUAAAGCUCUGGUGUGCUUCUCCUGAGCUCCGAUCAUCCAACUCUCUGAAGGCAUCUUACGAAGACUGGCUGCUGACGUACGGCUUGAGCAUCUCUCCUUUUCACAUGCGAUGGCAAACAGCUCUCUUCAACCGCCAGUUCUACAACUGGGGAAGAUGGAAACCCAGAUUUCUGUAUUUAUGGUUCAGCAUAGGAAUGGUGUUUGGUAUAGUUGCCAUGUUUGGCUCUGUUAUUCUUCUUGGGAAGACACUAAUGCAAACACUGACACAGAUGCUCACAGAGGCACCGAAAGCCCAGAAUGAUCAUAUGCUACAAGUUGUGGUGCCUGGUGUAAAUUUGCCUGUCAGCCAGCUGACCUAUUUCUUCUCUGCAAUCCUCAUCAGUGGUGUGAUACAUGAAGUCGGCCACGGGGUGGCAGCUAUUCGAGAACAAGUACGGUUUAAUGGAUUUGGAAUUUUUAUCUUCAUUGUCUAUCCUGGAGCAUUUGUUGACCUCUUCACAACCCACUUGCAACUGAUAUCUCCGAUCCAGCAAUUAAGGAUAUUUUGUGCAGGAGUGUGGCAUAAUUUUGUUCUUGGUGUUGCAAGUUUCAUUGUUUUGUUUCUGCUGCCAGCCAUUCUUUUCCCUUUCUAUUACACGGGCGUUGGGGCACUUGUCACUGAGGUUGCAGAGGAUUCUCCUGCCAAUGGCCCGAGAGGUCUUUUUGUGGGAGACCUUGUCACUAACCUACAAGACUGCCCAGUUUAUAGUGUGGAAGACUGGAAUUCCUGUCUGGGAGACAUUUCAGAAAAGUCACAGGUCGGCUACUGUGUAAGUGCAGCCACCCUACAGCAAUUAAGCUUUCCAGCUAGAGUCUAUAGAAGACUCGAUGGCACAGUUGAAUGUUGUAGUAACAACAGCCUCACAGACAUUUGCUUUUCAUAUAGCAAUAACUUGGACAGCCACCUGUAUGCCUGUCUGCCAGCACGAAAAGUUAUUGAGGCCAGCAAAGUUUGUCGAAAUAACAUGGACUGCCAGAAGGACUUUGUUCCAAGCUUUUGUGUGACUCCUUCUUUAGAGAACCAAACACGGCUAAUCAGGGUAAAACAUCCACCCCAUAUUGACAUGCUGUACGUAGGACACCCCAUGCAUCUUCAGUACACAGUAAGUCUCAGCAGUUUUGUACCACGACAAAACUUUCUAAGCAUCGAUCUGCCUGUGGUAAUAGAGACAUUUUGCAAGUACCUAAUCUCACUGUCAGGAGCACUGGCAGUUAUCAACGCUGUACCGUGCUUCGCUUUGGAUGGUCAGUGGAUAUUAAAUUCAUUCCUGGAAGCUACUCUGAGCUCCUUGAUUGUAGAAAAACAAAACAGAGAGCUUGUUGGCUUUUUAGUUUUGCUUGCUGGUAGUGCACUUUUGGCUGCUAAUGUUGCACUGGGACUUUGGAUGGUGACAGCACGAUAG